CAGCAUCCGAUUGGGAAGGAGCCAUUCCAGCGGAAGGGGAAGCGUUUCACGUGCGCGCUCGGAGGCUCUUCCGGGAGCCAUUUUCUAAGAGUCGAUCAGCCGGCUGUACCGUGUUAGAUUUUCUUUCUCGCUUGGCGGCGUCGUCUCCUCCGUUUUCCCCACAAUGACGGACCGGUACACGAUCCACAGCCAGCUGGAGCACCUGCAGUCCAAGUACAUCGGGACGGGCCACGCGGACACCACCAAGUGGGAGUGGCUGGUCAACCAGCACCGGGACUCCUAUUGCUCCUACAUGGGCCACUUCGACCUCCUCAACUACUUCGCCAUCGCCGAGGACGAGAGUAAGGCACGCGUCCGCUUCAACCUCAUGGAGAAGAUGCUGCAGCCGUGCGGGCCUCCCGCCGACAAGCCGGACGAGUCCUGAGUGGCUCUGAUCCCCUGUCCCCCAAGCGAGGAAAAGAGACCGCGCCUUAGCCCGCCCGCCCGCCCGCCUGCCUGCCCUGGGCGCCCGCUGGAAGGGAACGAGAAGCUCGGGGACUCAGCUGUGAAGAUGGCCCACGCGACCCUGAACGUCCCUGUCCAAGGCUGCCCUCCCUGGACCCGAUCGCAUCGGACUGGCUUGUCGCCCUCAGGACUGACUCCAUCCUGUCGUUUUCUGGCCAGCAUGGUGGAGAGGAAUGCGGGUUGGGAGUGACACCAGCUCUCCGAGUGUGACGGGUGCUCCAGAGACUGAGACAACUACAGUGGCCGGUUUCUCUGACUUUCUUAGGGGGACAAGAAUGCAAGUGACUUGUGUUCAGGACUCUUGAUACCGGUUUUUCUAUCUAAGUACUUGUAAGAGGUUUUGGGGGAAUUCUGGUAAAAGCUUUAUAAUAAAUGCCUUGCCUGUUUUUUUUAAAAAA